UAUAUAUACAUGCAUUGAAACUUGAAGAAAGAAUAUAACUCUCAUUGAGAUCUUUUACAAGAAAAAGCGUGUUUCUCUACGGAUACAAAAAGUACCUAAACAGUAUCGUUCUUGAUCAGCCUUAAGAUACACAAAUGGCAAGAAUGUUUAUGCAUUUAAAUGAAGAUAUCUUCACAGAAAACAGGAACAGAAUGGACAGGUCGACAGAGACGAAACGAAUUUUUAUUUCGUUUACUAUAUCUGAUCGUUGGAGUUGCACGUGUUGCCGUAAUCACGUCUCGCUGUCGUCCUACGCGGGAAAGGAACCAACUUUUCAUUCGCCAGGUCUCGCAGCUGUUCACCGGUCGCGAUAACGUGGGCGACGGCGACCUCACUCAACGAAAACUUUAUAUUUUCGAAAGAAAUAACCGAUACAUUCGUUGAAGUGGAUCUUGAAGUAAUGGCGGCAUCAGACAGCUUCGCGAUGAAAGCAACACUCCUGGGAAUGAAGAACUCAUCGAAGAACUAUCUCCUGAACUAGAUGCCGUCGGCAAAUCUUGUUAUAGUGGAUGCCGCGGGAUAUGCAAUCGAGAGAUAUCCCGCGGUGCUUCUUUCGAUCCACUUAAAAUUUUUUGGGCCCCGUUACUCCGGUUUUCUUGCGCUACUUGCAUCAGGAGAAUGCUCGCGUAACAGACUACUCGUACUUCGUAUACGAAACACUUACUCUUCCUAAGAACAUCUCGUAAAAGUACUUUAAUUUCUUAAACGUAUGUAUUUUUAAUUUUAUAUUUGGUACAAGUUUUGGGAAAUUUCCCUGUUCUCUUUGUUUCCUUAUUAUAUCUUAAGCGUAAUUAUGUUGAAUUUAGGUAUUUACAGUAUUUAUUACUCGGAUAAGUCAUUAAAAAAUUAAGUCGUUCAGAAAAACAAUCCAAGGAUUUUCAAUGAAUAGAAAAAUUAUCGAUGGACACGAUUAGUAAACAAUUUUGUUUCAUCAUGAUCUCGCCCAAUUAUCUCGGCGCGUGUUAAACCAUAACAAACAAUAUGACGUUAUCGGAUUAGUGUACAGUUGCAGAUGCAGAAAACAACACCCAUGGGAAAGGACACGAACUCGUCGAUGACCAUGGGGAAAGAGUCCACUUGAUGUUGGGGGUCCCUUUGAAUGCAUGCAGCACGGCACGGUCCCGGAAAUCAGUCCCGUCACGCAGGCCGGAAACUGGACGAUGCCACGUUGCUGGAUUGACAUUAAAUCCCAUCAACCAUUCUCUCUGUUCAAAGCAAUUACUCAUUCCAUGUUAACGUAUUACAAAUUACAAAUUAAGCUUGAUUUUCGUGA